ACAAAAAUGAGCAACAUUCUGCAUGCGGCAUCUACGGUGAAAUGGGACCGGAGGACUGCGGCGAAGAGAGCGCUGUUCCUGGCGGCCGCCGCAUACGGGGCGAAGACCCUCUAUCCCAUCAUCUGCAAACAACUACAUCAACGCAAAGCGAGCAGGAACGACACUCCAGCCGCGGGACACGAAAACGGCUCGAUAUCCUCCCACAAAGCUCCACCGGAGACUUUGAGUACCGUUAAAUCGCCCGGUGUCGAUGCGGAAUUCUUCAAGCAGAUUCUCGCCCUGGUCAAAAUCGUUUUCCCGAGGUUCAUCACCAAAGAGCUCGGCUUGCUAUGUUUGCAUUCGGUGGCUUUGGUGUCACGGACGUUUUUGUCUAUUUACGUGGCCGGUUUGGACGGCAAAAUAGUGAAGACGAUCGUGGAGAAGCAGCCGCGGAGCUUCAUGAUCAAACUGAUGAAAUGGCUCCUGAUCGCCAUACCGGCGACAUUCGUCAACAGCGCGAUCCGUUAUCUGGAGUGCAAACUGGCGCUCGCGUUCCGCACGCGUCUGGUGGAUCACGCGUACAAAACCUACUUCACCGACCAGACCUACUAUAAGGUCAGCAAUAUGGACGGGAGGCUGGCGAACCCCGACCAGUCGCUGACCGAGGAUGUGAUGAUGUUCUCGCAGUCCAUCGCGCAUCUGUACUCGAACCUCACUAAGCCCAUCCUGGACGUGAUUCUGACUUCGUACACGUUGAUACAGACGGCCCGGUCACGGGGGGCAAACGCGAGCGGGCCCACGCUGCUGGCCGGUCUGGUGGUGUUCGCCACGGCGAAGGUCCUGCGCGCCUGCUCGCCGCGCUUCGGGAAGCUAGUGGCGGAGGAGGCUCACCGGAAGGGCUACCUGAGAUAUGUGCACUCCAGGAUCAUCGCCAACGCUGAGGAGAUCGCCUUCUAUAGGGGACACAAGGUGGAGAUGAAGCAGCUGCAGAAGUGUUAUAGUGCUCUGGCGGAGCAGAUGAACCUGAUCCUGUCAAAGCGCCUGUGGUACAUCAUGAUCGAGCAGUUCCUCAUGAAGUAUGUCUGGAGUGGAAGUGGCCUGGUUAUGGUGGCUGUGCCCAUCAUCACCGCUACUGGCUUUGCUGACAACGGCCCAUUUUACGACUCUCCUAGAGUUAAACGGUUGAAGCUGGCUGACGGUCAGACACAAGUGCUGGUCAGUGAAAGGACAGAGGCCUUUACUACAGCACGCAAUCUGCUGGCCUCAGGAGCUGAUGCUAUUGAGCGGAUCAUGUCGUCUUAUAAAGAGGUCACCGAGCUGGCUGGUUACACGGCACGAGUGCACAACAUGUUCCUGGUGUUUGACGAAGUCCAGAGGGGCCUAUACAAACGUUCAUCUGCCGCCUCCAGCACAGGAGAGAUGAUAAGCGGAGACCAGCCCGAGAUGCAUAUCGAUGGGCCUCGACAAAUCAAAGGCAAAGUGAUUGACGUGGAUAAAGGUAUAGUCUGUGAACAAGUGCCUAUAAUCACCCCUAAUGGAGAUGUGGUGGUGUCCUGCUUGAACUUUAAGGUAGAGGAAGGGAUGCAUCUGCUGAUCACAGGGCCGAACGGAUGUGGUAAGAGUUCUCUGUUCCGGAUCCUCAGUGGCUUGUGGCCCGUGUACGGUGGACUUCUGCACAAACCCUCUCCUGAACACAUGUUCUACAUCCCACAAAGGCCGUACAUGUCUAUCGGGACAUUACGGGACCAGGUCAUCUACCCAGACUCUCUGGACGACAUGCACUGCAGGGGUUACAGAGAUAAAGAGCUGGAAGUCAUUCUGGACAUCGUCAAUCUAAACCACAUAGUCACACGGGAAGGAGGCUGGGAUGCUGAGAUGGACUGGAAAGAUGUGCUCUCUGGAGGUGAAAAGCAGCGUAUGGGCAUGGCGCGCAUGUUUUACCAUAAGCCCAAGUACGCUCUGCUGGACGAGUGCACCAGUGCUGUCAGCAUUGAUGUAGAGGGUAAAAUAUUUCAGGCUGCAAAGGAUGCUGGGAUCUCCUUACUGUCCAUCACCCACAGACCCUCUCUGUGGAAAUACCACACACACCUGCUGCAGUUUGACGGGGAGGGCGGAUGGCGAUUCGAGCAGCUGGACACGGCCACGCGACUCUCGCUGACGGAGGAAAAACAGCGCUUGGAGUCUCAGCUGGCAGGAAUCCCCAAGAUGCAGCUGAGGCUGAACGAACUGUGUAAGAUCUUGGGCGAAGAUUCAGUGCUGAAGACGGUGGAACCAAGACGAGACGAGGAGGAGGAAUGAAGGAAAGCCGGAGACUAUCGCCCUUCAGGAAAACUGUUCUUAAGCUUUAGGAAUGAUUAUAACAUUUGUUUGAACACGUCACGAUUUAAUACUAAACUUGCUUUAGUUUAUCAGGAAUUGGAGAAAUAACCCCCCUUUUGUUUUUUC